ACUGAUAGAGCGCAAGGGCCAUUAUCUCCGUGACGUGACCUUGAAGAUCGAGCAGCCUUUUCCCGCCCGUGCCUGGUAUAUGUCUGACGGCGUCCAGCGUCUGUUGGCCCACAUCUCCCUCCACCCAGAUGCCCAGCACGUGCGCUCCUUCAAGGUCAGCAAGCUCAACAUCUUCACGCGCUGGCGGCUCUUCACGCUGUCCCGCAAGAGCAUUCUGGCCGCGCUCUGCAACUUCUUUCGUUCCCAGAAGUCUCUGAAGGUCGUGACCUUGACGUCCUGUCGCCUCAGCGCUGACGACGGCGCGCGGGUUCUCCAGGCGCUGAAAUAUAGCCUCUCCCGGUACUCCAUCGAGCAGCUGGACCUGAGAGAGUUCUUUCAGGUCAACUACAGGGCUACCAAGGGGCCUCGCUUCUGCCAUCUGAUGACGUCAUCCUUUCUCCGCCUGCGCGAGCUCGGGGUGGGCGCUCAGCAUGUGGAUGACAACUUCCUAAAGAGGUUUACUCAAGACUCAACAUGCAGCAAAACGCUGCGUCACCUGCGCCUCUACUUGGAGCUGUUCCGUUUACCGGCCCGACCUGUGAGCAACGCCACCUGGCGAGAGACCCGGACGGCCUGCCCCCUACUGACCGUGUGUGUCCAGCUGGACAGUUGUUUCCCCCUGAGUUACGUGAGGCAGUUCCUUGUCCCCGAGCUGCCGCUUGACAAGCUGUACGUGUUGUGGCCGAGAUCCUACCGAAGACACCGAGAUAAACAGCGUCAUCUGUCGGAGACACUUGAUCACGUGACAAGACUAUACCACCCCACACUGACCUGCUUCCGGUUGAGGUCACUGGUCAAAUCGUCUCCGGAGCUGGAGGCCUCUGUGUUGACCUUGGCCCGUGCCUGCAGGCGUCUGGCGGAGUUUAAGAUUACGCUGAAGGUCAGCCCGACGACGGCCCAGCGGCUGAAGGAAGAGCUGUGUACACGGCGUCCCCCGGUCAGUGUCGGGCUAUUCCCCACCUCCUCCCAGCUCGCCAGACAGAGAAACAGACCAGCUGGCUCUUAAAAUGUUUUGGGAGCAUUUUUGGGGAGUUAAAGGGAAUGAUGUUUAGGAAUAAGGUGAGGGAGGGAAUAAGGGAAAUACAUUUGGGAUUAAGUUUUGGGAAAAGAGCACACAGUUUGGGAAUAGGGAAAGAAUGUUUGGGAGUAAGGCGAUGGGAAGGUUGGGGAAUAAAGGAAUAAUAUUUGGCAAUAAGGAAACAAAUCUUGGAGAAAAAGCAAGAAAUGUUUGGGAAUAGUUUAGGAAUUAGGGGAGCAUGUUUAGGAAUAAAAAGGGGACGGCGGCUGUGUGUGCGUUUGAUGGGUGUGGAAUUGGAUGGUUUUUGGAGACAGGGAGUAGGCCUAUAUGUUGGGGGAAGAGCCUGACGCGGGUAAGACCAUGGGUAAGAGGUGUUACGAUUGGGGCUUGGAGGGUCUUUUUUUCACCAACCCUGUGAGCCACUGGGGUUACAGAAACCUCCUC